AUGGAGGAAGAGCGGCUGCACUUUCAUGAGAUGGGUUUAGACGACCACAACUCUCAUGAUUCCACACUCAGUUGUUGUGAUGAUGUGAGGUCUGAUGUUCAGGAGGGUUUGUGUCGCAGUGUUGUGGUGGGUCGUGUGCCCCUGGUGGGUGAGAAAGUGUUGGUGAAAGCGGUCCAGGACCCCCUGAAGCCCAUCAGCUGGACGGCACAGAAAGUUCAGACGCUGAACGGACAGCCCUUCAAAUCUCCCCCUCCGCUGCUGCCCUCAAUGUCAUCUAAUCCAAAGCCUGGCAUUUUAGGGACCAAACCGCAACCUCUGCUGAAAUCUCCCAAAAUACCACCACUGAUUCCCAGCAUGCAGCCGAAUCCUGGUGGUAUGAUGCAGAUGUCCUGGAGUGGUCCGUUUGAUGGUUGGGCUGGAGGACGGAAGAGACACGCUGAGGUCAUGGGAGGACGUAGAGGUGGACGCUGGGAGGACGGCGGCGGAGGGCCGUGGGGAGGAGAUGCCAUGCACCAAAAACGAAAAAGAUGGAGGGCCGCCUCAGAGGAGGAAGCGCCCAAAAAGAGCAGCUCCGUAUCCACACACAGCGCUCCGUUAUUCUCCAGUUUCUCCAGGGACACCCAGGCCUGUGAUUAUCUGGAGCUUCAGCGGCGGUACCCACACCUGCACCUGCCCUCCAACCUCUUCCACCUCCAGCUGUGCUGGACCGAGAGUUUCCCACUCGACCAGCCUCUUCCUCUGAGAGGACCGUGUCACUUUCACGUGGGAGCAAACCAGCCGGAGAGUGAAGCAGAUGUUUGCGAGUCCACAGAUGAUGCUUUCGCCGUUAGGGUUCUGUUGUUUUCUAUGCCGUGCCUUGAGGACUUGUACUCACAGUGUUGUAACCUCUCAAAGGAGGCCGUACAUCCCACUACACUUCUCAAAUUUGUGAUGCUGGACAGUGGAGGUGAACUGCGGCUUCCAGGAGGUCACUGGUCACCCAAAGCAGACGGAGAGAAUCCAGUGAAGGACGGUUCGACGCUGGUCAACACUGCGGUCCGCUGCAUAAAGGAUCAAACCGCUCUGGACCUGUCAGCCUGCACGCAGUGGCACAAGAUGGCGGAGCUGAGAUAUCUUUCCGGAGAUAAAAUGGAGACGGUUGUGGUGUUGUUGCCAGAUGUGUGGAAUCUAGUGCCAGCAGAAGAAGACUGGGCAAAACUACCACAAAAACAGCUGGAUGGUGAUUUGUCACUUCUAGAAGGUCCAUCUGUGGUUUUUCAUCCCUCCGCUGGACUCAAUCUGUCUGUCGUGUCUCUGUCGUCACUGCUGGAGCCCCAGACACCUCAGAUGCGGGACAACUGUGAGGUGAGUUUGAUGGCGGAGAUGUUCAGUGAGAUGCUCCAGAGGGAUUUUGGGCUUGAGCUGUAUCAGUGUCUGUGCCGUCUGCCGCAGGGCCCCAGCGUCAAAGAGGACAACAGCGCUCCCAAGGAGGAUGAGCCCAAAAAAUCAGACAAACAGACGACAAAAAAGAAAGGAUUGAUCGAUGCAAAGAAGAGAAAACUCAAAGAGAAGGAUGAGGAGAGAGAGACAGAGGACAUGGCCCAGACGGACGAGACUGAAUCAUCUGAAAAACAAUCUGAGCAUCUAAGAGAGAGUAAAACUCUCAGUGCUGGAGGAGACGGGCAGAGCGCCUCAGACACUCAGCCGUCCAAAGACAGCGACCGUCCUCUGGGCUGGAUGGCAGAACUUCCCCGUAAAGUGCUUCUGUCCUGGGUGUUCUUUGACCGUCAGCUGACAGGAAGUCUUCGACAGGCAGACCUGAUCAACAUCCUGCUGUCUCUCGGCCUGUUUCUCAAUCCUGCUCAGGCGCAGGAUCUGGUCAGAAAGGCUGCGGUCGGUGGGCUUUGCCUCUACAGAAAUCUGUGCAGUCGCUGGUCAGACGCUGAUCGGUCAGACGGCAGCAUCAGUGCUGAGGGAAAUAAAGCCAUGUUGCCCGGCCAGUCAUGCAAAGAGAGAGCAUCCGCCCGUCGCACCGGUAACACAGAUCUGGUGAACUACAGAGGGAACGUCAUUAACUUACCAAACCUACUGCAGACGCUGGAGAGCAGCAAAGCGGCCCAACGCGAACUGGAGAAGUGUGUCGCCGCACUGCAAUCCAGACUCGAGGCAGCAGAAGCGAGGAAGGUGUCUAAUGAACAGGAGCAGGGCCAACAGAAAGAGCUGAAGAGGAAACUGGAGAAAUCCGAGACACUUAACAAAACAUACGAGAAGAGUUUGAGAGAAAACAGCAGUCAGAUGAUCGCUGUCAUUGAGAAGAUGCAGAGGAUGGUUGAACAGACAACAACCCUCACAAAUGCAAAUGCAGGAAAGGAUGAGAAGGCAUAGAGACACAGAAGCUCAUCAGAUGGUGAUGCAGUAGCGUUUGGACCGAGGAGAAUAAAAGAAACCUGCAAAAUAAAAAUUAAAAAUGUUGUUAGCUUUUAAAAAACAGGUAAUUUUUUUUUUGCUGAAUAAAUGUGUAUUCAUGCACAUAGAUAUGGAAAGAACUGCAUUCGUGGACAUUUGUAAAUGUUUUUAUUAAUAAAUAUGUUUUGCUGGCUUAUUUUAGAAUGGAUAUGCAUUCAUAUGAAACUAUAUACUGUGGUUAAUAUGGAAAGGAAACGUGCUUUUAUUUAUUUAGUGUUAUUUAAUUUUCUUUGGUUUUUAGAUUCUGGCAGCUAUGAAACUAAGAUCCUUCCACACAACUGACAAUUUCAUAAACACAGAUGCAGAUACGCAAACCUGUUCAUAGCCUUGUGUAAUGAAACAAAUUCUUUUUUACAUGUGAAGUUGAAACGGUCAGUGUUUAAAGAUUGGAAAUCUUUUUUUUUUUUUUUUGUGACGAAUUGGAUUUGUUUGCAUUUCAGUUUUGUUAUUGUGUACUAAAGCAUUUCCUUACUGUUAGAAACCGUCCACCGCCAUUAAUAUUCUUAAGUGUUGGUAUGAGGAUAGUCUAGUGUUUAGUCUAGACUAAAGUAUAGUGAAAGUUCAGUUAUUUAGGAAAUACUGCCUGAAUUCGCCCUUGCAAUUAAAAGAGUUUGACGUCAAACCAAUCCAGAAAAACAGCUCUAUAUGUUCAUUUACUCUGAUGAGCACUUGUGAGAAUGAAUGCAAUUUAAUGUAAAGUCUUAUAUAAUUUAGAAAGAGUUGCUAACAGUAAGAUAUCGACUUAUUUUGGAAAAUGUUUUUGUCUUUUUCUCAGGGACCAUUUAUAUUUUCUAAUAGCCUGUUUCUGAACAGUUGCAUGUUUAUUUGUCUUCCAACAGAAUUUAGUGACUGAGUAAAGUUAAAAAAACAUAUCUCAUGUAAUACAUUUUUUUCUUUUCUUUCUGUCUGCUUUUGUAAAACACAAAAACUACAUUUUGUUCAGUGACUCGGCCAGUUAAUCAUGUAUGAAAAUGUAUUUGUCAUUCAUUGGGAGGAGUCCCAAAAGAAAUAAAA